AUGGAUAGUGUUAUUUUAUCUUCUUUCACAAAUGUAUCUGAGAAAGAACUUAGAUGCAUCAUAACAAUUGUAUACAACGAAAAAGAGUAUUUAGUGUGCGGAGAAAGAACAGGAAUCAUCUAUAUCUAUGAAUAUUCAAAUCCAUUAAAAUUAAUUCGAAAAUUCAAAGCUCAUGAAUCAACAAUAUCUUGCAUAAUAUAUACAAAACAAUUUUCAUGGACUAAUUCUGAAACAUUAUUAUCAGGAAGCUUAGAUUGUUCAAUUAAAUCUUGGAAAAUGUCUGAAGUACUUGAUUUAGAUAAAGAAAUCAAAGAGUCAUAUAUUUUCCAAGAACAUGAAGCAAAUGUAUGCUUUUUAAAGCAAAUUGAUGAAAAUUCUUUUAUUAGUUCAUCAUGGGAUAGCACAGCAAAGAUUUGGAGAUACAAUAAUAAUACUUUGACAUUAUGCCAUGAAGGAUUUGCCAUUUGGGCCGUUGAUUACUCAAAUUUAGGCUUAAUUACUUGUGGAGCCGAUUGUACUCUCAGAUUAUGGUCGUAUAAUGGAGAUAUGAUAUGGAAGAUUGAUGGAGCACAUACACAACCCAUAAGAUACAUUAAAAUGGUUAAUGAAAAUCAAUUUGUUACAAUUGGCAAUGAUGGACUACUUAAACAUUGGCAGUUUAACCAAGAAAGCUUAAAACUCGUCAAAUCUCUUCAAGUUACUGAUACUUAUUUAUAUCAUUUAUUUUAUUCCGAAAAAGACAUCAUUUAUCUAUGUGGAGAAGAUAAAUGUCUAUAUAUAAUCGAUUUCAACCAGUUUAAAGUUACAGAUUGCUUCCCUUUGAUGUCAAUUCCGUGGUGUUCUUCAAUUUUGAGAAAUAAUGACAUUGCUGUUGUCGGAGAAGAUAAAUCGAUCACUAUACUAACUAAUGAUGAUAAAAGGAGGUGUUCUGUUGAAGAAGAAGCGAAGUUUUUUGAUAAUUUGAAAGAAAUUGAAUUUAAUCUUUCCGAAGAAAUGAUUUCUUUAAAUGAUAUAUCAGAUAUCAAUGACUUAGCAAAUGAAGAGCCUAAAAUCGGAUUUUUCUCCUUAAAUAAAGACAAAAAUGGCGAAAUCGUGAUAUCUUUAUUUUCAAAGGGUUACAAUAAAUGGAUUCAAUGUGGAAAAUCAAAAACUAAAGAAAAACAAAAGGUAACAAAUGAAAAAGGAGAAAAAUUCGAUGUUUGUAUUUCAAUUGUUAUUGAAAACAUCGGAUUCUUCAAAAACUUGUAUUUUAAUGUUGACCAAGACCCAGAAAAUGUUGUAGACCAGUUUUUGAGCGAAAACAAACUUCCUGAAAAAUAUAAAAAUGAAAUUCUCGAAUUUGUUAAAGCAAAUGUGAAUCCAAAGCUUUUGAAGCAAAGAUUCUUCCCAAAGAUGCAGCUUUUCAAAGAAGAAACACAGGAAAUUUCAAAAUUAAUUGAAAAUUUUGAAAAUGAACAACAAAAGUUGAUAAAUAAAUGUGAUAACGAUAUGUUGCACAAUAUCAACUUGAUUGUUAGUAAUUGUGCACCUGAAUUGACUUCUUUUGCAAUAGAAAUUUUAAGAUUUCACAUUUCUCAAAAAGAAUCGAAAGAUUUAGACAAGAAAUUGAUAUCAAACAUAGUUACAUCAUAUUCUGCAAGAGAACUUACGAAACAAGGCUUGAUUUCGCUUCUUUCCUUGAUAUUAGAUUUAUUUUCAAUUUGCCCUGAAAUUACAAUUGAUCUUUGGCAUGUUUUGGAACCAAUUGUACAAAACUUUACAAAUUUAGAUGGUUUUUCACAAAAACUGGUUUCAAAAAUAAUUUUUAAUUCUUCUGUUGUAAUUUCUAAGUUUGAACAGUUUUCACAGCAUUGGGUCAAUCUAAUGAACAUUGUGUUGAGUGUUUGCAAGUAUAAUUUCGAAGUUUCUGAAAUUUUAUUAUUUUCAUUUGGAAAUUUCUUUUAUUUUUCAUCAAAUGCAGUCAAAUCAAAUGUUAAUGUUGAUUUGAUAACAGAUAUAGCUCUGGAAUCUGUUGAAAAUGAUGAAUUACGCGAAGCAAUUUUUGAUAUUUUAUCAACUUUUUCUUAA